AGCAUUAUAGUUGCCAAUUGAGAACAAAAAUUGCAUUAUAUAUAGUUGUUAGCAUAAGGCACUGGUUGGUUAGAGAAAAAAAUAAUAACAAUGUAUAGUGUGGCUCUUUUGCAAAGACAGUUAGUUGAAUACACUUCUUCCCUUUUUCAAGAGGGAUUCUUAGAUGGUCAAUUUAACCAGCUUCAGCUACUUCAAGAUGAAAGUAAUCCAAACUUUGUAGUUGAAGUUGUGACUCUCUUCUUUGAGGAUGCAGAGAGGCUUCUUAAUGGAAUGGAAAAAGAAUUAGGACAUGAUAACAUUGAUUUUAAAAGGGUGGAUGCUCUUGUUCACCAGUUGAAAGGUAGCAGCUCCAGCAUUGGUGCACAGAGAGUUCACAGAGUCUGUAUAGCCUUCAGAAACUACUGUGAGGAGAAAAACACUGAAGGGUGCUUUAAAAGCUUGCAAGAAAUAAAACAGGAGUAUACCUUAGUGAAAAGCAAGUUUGAGACACUCUUCAAGAUGGAACAAAAGCUUUUUGCCGCAGGGGGUUCAGCUCCUAGAUGGUGAAUGAAGAAGGGCAGAUAAGCAUUAAUCAUUUCCAAUUUGCAUAAAAAGCAAUCACUUUCUGAUGUUAUUACUUUGCUCAUGAUCAUGUGUCCACUUUUAAUCCGUUUGAAAUGAAUUUAUCAUAUUUAAGAGUGAUUCAUGUACAAAAGAAAAUUGAAUAACCCUUAGUCUGGUAAUCCAUAUAUUUUGUGUAUGUUUAGAAUGUGUUA